AUGAAGGUGAUUACUAAGACAUUGAAGAUGAUUGCAAGUUAUGAAAGGCAGAUGUACCAACUCCUCGACCAAAUCCUGACCUCAGAACCCCCCCAACCCAACCCAACACAAGUAGUUGAGGCCAAUUCAUUAGAGAGUCAGAUUCAGGACCAGGCCACCUUAUCAGUGCUAAAAUCUUUUGAUGCUGGGGCGAUAACCAACGACGUGCCCCUGACGUGCCACGUGUGCAACAAGGCAUUCUCUGGCAGAAACAAGAGGCAGCACCUUUCCACCCAUCUCAACAUUCAUACGGGCGAGAAGCCCUUCCACUGCCCCUUCUGUCCCCACAGGGCCAACCGCAAGGAUAACCUCAAGACUCAUAUGAAACUGAGGCACCUGGAGGAACUUCCAGGAAAUAUAGGUGGGGAGAUAAUGAGACGAUUCCAAGACUCGUCCCACGCUUCAGGGCACACGUAA